GCCAGAGGACAUUAAGCAGGCCAUGGAUAGACUUUAUAAAUCGUCUACUCCCUACUCCUCGUCCUCACUCUCCUGAGUCAGCAUAAACUAUCUUAAAGGUGGAGGGAUUCUAUAUAAUACUGUUGUAUCUUCUCCCGUGGUCCCGAUGGCGUCAACGGCAUGGCCCCUGUGGCUGCAGCGGCUGCAGUCAUACUUACAGCUUGUCGCCGUUGUCGCCGCUGCUGCCCCUAUCCAGGCACCACUACCUGGCAACUUGGCCCAGCAUCAAACAAGCUAUAGAGAACCAAGGUCAUGCCUACCUAUAUAUCGUCUACCCCUUACCCUGGCAUCUAAUAUUUUCAACACGAAUCGCCUUACGGGAAGGGCUAUUCUAAGAAAAUAUCAAGAGGGCUAUGAAGGGCUACAACGCAUCUUGUAAGUACUUUAUCUUCCUGCUUUUUCCUCGACAGUGAUGAGGAUAGGGACUAAUGCCUUUC